GCCCAGUGAACGAACAGCUGAGCGCCGAACACACACACACACACGCGCGCGCGCGCCUUUGUCUGUCCACGCGCGCUGUGUGACAAUAACACGACACGAUGACACGAUUCAGUUAUGCCGAAUAUAUCUCCUUAUUUCGAACAAAUGACACAAAACGAAACUCAUCACCGCAGAAAACCACAUCAUCUGAGAGAGACAUCGAGCCGACAGAGCUGAUCUGUGCGGUGAGGAGAGGAGAUGUGCAGCGAGUGAGGGAACUAGCAUCGGUGUGUGACGCUGACGACUGGACGGCACUGCAUGAAGCUGCUCACUGCGGGCAGACACUCUGUGUUCAAGCGCUGCUGAAAGCUCGAGGCGUGUGUGUGGACAAGCGCACGCUUCAGGAACAGACGGCUCUGAUGAUCGCGGUUCACGGACGACACCUGGACUGUGUGAGGAUUCUUCUGGAAGCAGGAGCCGACCCCGAUAUCAGCAACAAGAACAAAGAGACGCCGCUUUAUAAAGCGUGUGAGCAGGAGUGUGUCGGUAUGGUGCAGCUGCUGCUAGCGUGUGGAGCGUCGGUGAAUCAGCGCUGUCGGCGAGGUUGGACGGCGCUGCAUGAAGCCGCGAGACGGAACAACAUCGCGCUCUGCCAGACGCUCCUUCAGGCCAGAGCCGCCGUCGACGCCCGUAACGCUGACGACGUCACACCCGCCAUCGAAGCCGCGCGACACGGACGGACAGAGGCGCUUGCGUACCUGAUCCGGAACGGUGCCGGUGUGAACCUGCAGACGUGUGAUGGGAACACGGCUCUAACGGAAGCCUGCAGACAUGGGCACGGGGAAGCCGUCAAGCUUCUGCUCCAACACCACGCCGACGCCAACAAACCCUGCAGUGCCGGCCUUCUGCCCCUGCACAUCGCCAGCCAGCACGGGCACGAGCAGAUAGUGUCGCUGUUGCUGCCGGUGAGCAGCCGCGUGCGGUUACGGGAGAGCGGCGUCUCUCCGCUCCAUCUGUCCGCGGAGCACAACCAGCUGAACACGCUGCGUGUGCUGAUCCGCUCCGGCUGUGACGUCAACACCCGGCGCUCCUCUGGCUGCGGCUCGGCUCUGCUCUGUGCCGUCUCCGCCGGGAACACGCAGGCGGCCGCGGAGCUGCUGAGGGCCGGAGCCGAUCCUGACGCGGAGCCGCUGCUGGUGCUAGCGGCGGAGCAGGGGUGUGUGGAGAGCGUAGCUCUGCUGCUGGAGCACGGGGCCCGUGUGGAGGCCCUCCCUGCGCUGCUCACACACACACACCACCUCAGCGUCCUGCGCUGUCUGCUGGAGCACGGCUGCAACGCCCGGCCUUGCUUCACCCCACACACACACACACGGGAGGAGCACGCUGGCCGGAGCCGCCCUGAGCCCGGGCUACAGUUCUGCUCCUGGAUCUCGUCCCCCCGCUGGAGCCGGGCCGCCGCUGAGGUCGUGGAUCUGCUGCUGGAGUGUGUGGGAAACGUCCAGCUGUGCAGCAGAACCACGGCUCUGCUCCGGGACGCUCCCGAGUGGCCCAGCAUCAGCCUCAGAACAUCGUCCCCUCGGCCCUUGAUGCACCUGUGCCGGCUGAGGGUCCGAGAGCAGCUGGGGACCCGGAGACUGAGGUCCAUCGACUCGCUGCCGCUGCCGGGGCCCGUGCUGCGGUACCUGAGCUCCAGAACCAGCUCCUGAGAUCUGGAACCGGCCCCUGAGCUCCAGAACCGGC